AUGAUGAUGAUGAGAUCGUACUUGAAGAGGACCAUCUCUGCACCACAAUACUUACUCCAUUCUCGCUUCUCACAUACACCAAACCCAUCCAUGUCCACUCUUUCAUCUUCAACCUUCCGUCACCAUUAUACUACUCAUGACUCCUCAUGCAGGUUUGAUGAUGAAAACAAUAUUACCAAAAGAGUCGAUCUUGAGAUAAUCUCAAUAGGAAGCAUAAAACCAGCUUAUCCAACUCCAAAUCAUUUAAGAACAUUCAAUUUAUCCAUUAUCGAUCAAAUGUUUUUCGAUUCCAACACCCCUACGAUCCUAUUUCUUCCCAACACUGACAACACUUCUGUUUCAGACGUCAUAGCAACAAGAUCAGGGCGUCUGAAGGAAUCGUUAUCUGAGCUUCUAACACAAUACUAUCCUUUUGCUGGUGAAAUCGUGGACAUAUUUAGCAUUGAUUGUAACGAUAAAGGUGUCUAUUUCGUUGAAGCCCGAGUCAAUCAAACUCUCCAAGAAUUCCUCCAUCAACCUGAUGAUCAGAAACUGAAAGAAUUGAUUCCAAAACACCCGAGUAUCACAACCGAAUCUUCAUUAGGGAACUUUGUUAUAAGUGUUCAGGUGAAUGUUUUCAAUUGUGGUGGGAUUGGUCUUUGCACGAGCUUAUCACACAAGAUCUUCGAUGGAACUACGUAUUUCACGUUCAUGAAAGCAUGGGCUACAGCCGCCAGAUCAGGUUCAUCGCAGAUAAUUCCACCAUGUCUUGUGGCCUCUGACAUCUUCCCGAAUAACCCAUUCAUAAAACAAUGGCCUUCCAAGUUAUGGAAUACGAAAUUACCUUGUACAAAACGGUUCGUGUUUGAUUCCAUGGCGUUGGCUUCCCUCAAGGCGCAACCUGUUUCACCGGCGUUACGUGGGCCAACUCGCACAGAGGUCACGGCCGCCGUCGUGUGGAAGGCUGCUGCCAAAGCCGCCUCCACUGUUCGACGAUUUAGCCCGGAUUCACCUCACGCUUUGUUCACAUUCGUGAAUCUACGGAAAAGGGCUUCGCCGCCAUUGCCGACUGAGUUGAUCGGAAACGUUAUCAGUGCAGGGAAUGCGAUCUGCUUUCCGAACAAACAACCGGAUCUGGCGACCAUGAUCGAUGAAGUGAGAAAAUCCAUAUCCAAACUGGAUUCAGGUUACGUUGAAUCUUUAAAACGUGAAAAGGGGCACGAGACAUUCAUUGGUUUUCAGAAGAUAAUAAACGAUUUGAUCGAAGUGAUGAACGAAGAAAACUGCCUUUUUGCUACCAGCUUGUUGAAUACUGGAAUCUAUGAGAUGGAUUUCGGAUGGGGAAAGCCGAUAUGGUUCUAUCAUAUGAAUCCUGGAUGCUCGAGGAUUGUCUCUUUGAAUGAAGUGAAGAAGGGUGGUGGUGUGGAAGCUGUAGUCUCGUUGAGUUCGGAAGAAAUGGAGAUUUUCGAGUGUGAUCCAGAGGUUUUAUCAUAUGCUACUGUCAACCCUAGCCCUCUAAGAUUUCUAAAUUAA